GAAUUGUAUACGGCUUAAGUUGCUUAGCAGACCUGCGCAGGCUUGUCGUGACACCGUGUCACGCUUGGCGUUCCAGUUAAACUCACACCACGGUCCGGUUUGCUUGAAAACAUCGACUAUUUUCAAGUCAAAACAAAAAAAAAACCUAGAAAAUAAUUGUUAUUUUUAUUUUCGAAAUUCUUCUCAUUGAAAAAAUUGAUCUUUUCUUCAAAAUCCAGAAUUCCAUAGGUGUGUUAUCCAAGUGCUUCUUCGUUAUUAACGAUUGAAAACCACUGCUUAAAUGGAAUAGUAUUGUGUGUAUGAGUGUGUGCCAAAAGUACACGUGGUUUUGGAGUAACAUUCCUUGAGGCAUUGUUUGUUUUUUUAAAUUUAAAUCCAGAAGUUUUGACAAAUCUUCACUUUCAAUAACAAAAACAAAUACAAACACGUUUACGAAAGGAUAAGCUAGUGGAUAAAUUACAAAACUGGAAGAUAACCCGAGGAAACCCAAAAAAGUCAGAAUGGCAGAAGACGGAGUGCAAAGUUCAGAAUCAGAUUUUUUAGGAACUUAUCCAAUUUUGGCUAAAGUGGCGCAAGUGGUUUUCGCCAUUUUCUCAGUGGGAUUAAUAGUCGAUCCAUUCAAUUCAUUCCAUAAAAUUUCAUAUGGCCACAGAUCGGCAAAAUUGGACGACAUAGCAUUCAUUUACAUCACACUUGGAUCAUUCUUAAUAAUUAAUACAAUUUUCCUCAUUUUCCACGCUAUUUUGGGAGAGCGAAUUCCAAAAAGAUUGGCAAUGAUGUUCACAACAGUGGGAUGUCUUUUUCACAUUAUUGCCGCGAGUCUAAUUGUUCACAAUUGGCGAAAAAUGCAAGGAGCAUUGAUUUCAACAUACAACAAUGAAACGUACGGCAGUAAACAAUAUUUAGACAUGUUAAUAUCCGGAGGAGUUUUUGCUUUCGUCACAUUUGCCGCUUUUGUUGCUGAAGCUUUUGUCACCAUUCGAUACUAGUAAAAAAUUGAAGAAAAAAAACAAAUUAAGACUGUAGAGUAUUUUGCUCUCUCCUGUUUUAUUCUAAAGAAACGAAUUUUAAAUCUGGAUGCAGUUAAUAAUCCAAACUGACAAAAUAAUAAAUCUAAAUAAGAAUGACUUAAAUAAUAAAUUUAAAGAAUGAGUUAUUUAAAUAAUACAUUUGAAUAAUAAUUAAAAAAUAAAAUAACUUCCAACUUUUAUAAGCGGAAAAAUGAAAGCACAGUUAAAACCAAAUUUACUAUUUAAUGAUAAUUUUAAAAAAAAUUUCAAUUUUUUUAAGAAACGAAAUUUUAUAGAAAUAUAGAAAAGAUAUUGAAUUUUUAACGAAUAGAAUUUAAAAAUAUGCAUUUUUACACUGCAUCCAAAUUGUCAAAUCAGAAUCUUAAUGCCUUACUAGUUAGGAAAAUAUUUUCGCUGAAACGUUAAGUCUCAGGCGAAUGUGUUUGCUUUUUUUAUAAUUAACGUUUAAAACGCAUGAAGGAUACCACGAGUAUAUCGCCUUUGAAGUACAAAAGACAAUUAUUAUUGCAAUUGUACAUAAAAAAAAAUGUCAAUCGUAGAUCGUGAAAUUUAGAAAAUAUAACAAAAGAUUAUAAAUUAUCGACGGAUAAUUAUCCGACUAAUAUAUUAUUGAUACAAUAUUUUACAAAAUGUUAUAAUUUUCAAAAUAAUUAUAAAUACAAAUAAAAAUUAAAAAUAUUUUCUAUAUAAUUAUAAAUUCGUAAAUUUCACGAUUAUUGCAGUACAUAACACCAAAUUUUUUUUUCUUUACAAAAAAGGAAGCGAAAAUUCAGGUGUCGAUUAUUUUUCAACGUACAAUGCUGUAAUCCAAAGUUUAUAAGCUUGUAGAUUUCAUGUAAUUUCACUUCGUAUAUUAAUUAAGUAUCAGGCACUCCGUCCUAUUUUUAUAUUUAAAUAUUAAAUAUAUAUUAUAUGUAAUUUUGUUUUUUGUAAGAUUUUUAUCUUUUUAUGCAAGAUAAAUAAUAUCUUUACUUGAGAAUCGCAAUCCGUCCAAUUGAGAUUAGAAUAUGACAGUUUACUGUCUUUAGAUAUAGAUAUACUUGUAUUAUUACCAAGAGUAAUUGUGCAUAAUUACUGUUACUUUUUCUGUAAGUACUAAAUUUGUAUUUUAAAUUUAUAUUUCGAUUAAAUGUACUUUAGAUUUUUAUUUUAAA